CGCCAGCCUGUGAAGGCAGAGAGAAAUUGACUAAUUAGCAAUGCGCACUAAAACUUGACGGUUCUUUAUAGAGAGAAGAGAAGAGAGAGGGAGAGAGAGGGAGCGGGAGGGAGGGGGGCUCGCUUUUUCCCCUUCUUUCUUCCAAAGAUGUUUGAAAUCGCAGUCAUUUACGCUCGACAAUUUUUACAAUAGCCUUGAGCCAUAAUUUUGCGAGUCUCUCCAGCAUCCAUCCCCCUGUAUGGUCUCUCUCUACUGGCCAAGCACGACCGUUUCUCUCCCCAACCGUGGAUUUCCUAUUACUCUCGUUACGACUCACUGAGCCCCAGGCCCAAGGAUAAUGAUGUGUUGUUUCUUGGUAGCAUAAUUUGUCACACGUACAUUUUUUCUUCUUCUUCUCUUGCAGAAAGCUCUGCUCUCUCUCUCUCUCUCUCCCCUUCUCUCCUCUCUCUCUCUCCUCUCUCUCCCUCUUUCUCUUUUCUCCCUCUCCUACAUUUCUUGCUGUUGCUAAUUCAUGGUGAUCAAAUGAUGUACGACAAAAUAAAUUGUAAAGAGUGACUGCCUGGAGUUGGGAACCAGAAGGUGGUCCCCCCCCCCCCAAGGAGAGAGCAAACCUUUUAAAAGGAAGGACAAUUGAUUUUUUGGGGGGAGCUUAAGUGAGCCUUGACUUUGCAGCUGGUUGACAGCAGGUUGGAGGAGGGUUUAAAGCCAGGUGCGCCGAGCCUGCUCGCCAUGUCCAGAUCCGGGGACAGGACCUCCACCUUCGACCCCAGCCACAGCGACAACCUGCUGCACGGCCUCAACCUGCUGUGGCGGAAGCAGCUGUUUUGCGACGUGACCCUGACGGCUCAGGGCCAGCAGUUCCACUGCCACAAGGCCGUGCUGGCCUCCUGCUCGCAGUACUUCCGAUCGCUCUUCUCCAGUCACCCCCCUCUCGGGGGAGGGGUUGGCGGCCAGGACGGCCUGGGGGCCCCCAAGGACCAGCAGCAGCCCACAUCGCAGCCGCAGUCGACCCAGCAGCCACCACAGCAGCAGCAGGAGGAGCCCGGGACUCCUUCCUCCUCCCCCGACGACAAGCUGCUGACCAGUCCCCGGGCCAUCAACAACCUGGUGCUGCAGGGCUGCUCGUCCAUCGGGCUGCGCCUGGUGCUCGAGUACCUCUACACGGCCAACGUGACCCUCUCCCUGGAUACGGUGGAGGAGGUGCUGUCGGUCAGCAAGAUCCUGCACAUCCCCCAGGUCACCAAGCUCUGCGUGCAGUUCCUCAACGACCAGAUCUCGGUGCAGAACUACAAGCAGGUGUGUAAGAUAGCCGCUCUGCACGGCCUGGAGGAGACCAAGAAGCUGGCCAACAAGUACCUGGUGGAGGAUGUGCUGCUCCUCAACUUCGAGGAGAUGCGCGCCCUGCUGGACUCGCUGCCGCCCCCCGUGGAGUCGGAACUGGCGCUCUUCCAGAUGUCCGUGCUGUGGCUGGAGCACGACCGCGAGACCCGCAUGCAGUACGCGCCCGACCUUAUGAAGCGUCUCCGCUUCGCGCUCAUCCCGGCCCCAGAGCUUGUGGAGCGGGUCCAGUCCGUGGAUUUCAUGCGCACCGACCCAGUUUGCCAGAAGCUGCUGCUGGACGCCAUGAACUACCACCUGAUGCCCUUCAGGCAGCACUGCAGGCAGAGCCUGGCCAGCAGAAUUCGCUCUAACAAGAAAAUGCUGUUAUUGGUUGGAGGGUUGCCUCCUGGACCAGACCGGCUCCCCAGCAAUUUGGUUCAAUAUUAUGACGAUGAAAAGAAGACGUGGAAAAUACUCACAAUCAUGCCAUAUAACAGUGCUCACCACUGCGUUGUGGAGGUAGAAAACUUCUUGUUCGUGCUGGGCGGAGAGGACCAGUGGAAUCCAAAUGGAAAACAUAGUACGAAUUUUGUCAGUCGAUAUGAUCCCCGAUUUAAUAGCUGGAUUCAACUUCCUCCUAUGCAAGAAAGAAGAGCCAGCUUCUAUGCAUGUCGGUUGGACAAGCAUUUGUAUGUUAUCGGUGGGAGGAAUGAAACCGGCUACUUGUCGAGCGUGGAGUGCUACAACCUGGACACAAACGAAUGGCGCUAUGUGUCCUCUUUGCCGCAGCCUCUGGCAGCUCACGCGGGAGCCGUGCACAAUGGGAAGAUAUACAUUUCAGGGGGUGUACACAACGGAGAGUAUGUCCCGUGGCUAUAUUGCUAUGACCCUGUAAUGGAUGUCUGGGCUCGGAAACAAGACAUGAACACAAAACGCGCAAUCCACACUUUGGCUGUAAUGAAUGAUCGCUUGUACGCAAUUGGAGGAAAUCAUUUGAAAGGCUUCUCCCACCUUGAUGUGAUGCUUGUGGAGUGCUAUGACCCUAAAGGAGACCAGUGGAGCAUCCUGCAAACUCCCAUUCUGGAGGGGCGAAGUGGUCCUGGUUGUGCAGUGCUGGAUGACAGCAUUUACCUCGUGGGAGGCUACAGCUGGAGUAUGGGUGCCUAUAAAUCAUCUACAAUAUGCUAUUGUCCAGAAAAGGGGACCUGGACGGAACUUGAAGGAGAUGUAGCAGAACCUCUGGCAGGCCCAGCCUGUGCCACAGUCAUCCUGCCUGCCUGUGUGCCCUACAAUAAAUGAUACCAGGACACCCUGAAAUGGACAGUGUCACAUCCUGGGAAGUAGUGACAGGUGAUGUCACUCUCCCAUAGGAUCUGUGCCGCAAUUCACCUUUGGUUUCUGAUGAUUGGCAAGUAACUACAAAAGAAAGAAACUCGUUCUGGAGCAGAUACUGUGUCUGUAACUCAGAUCAUAUCCGAGUUCCUAUGGUGACAGACUCUUCAUUUUAGACUGGCUUUAACUUGUCCCAGCUAAACAGAAACUUCCCAUGAGGAUCUUAACUUUUAAAAGGAGAAAGAGAAAAUACAGAAUACUGGCCCCAGAGAGACCUAAGAUCAGUAUUGUGUAUUGUAGUCUACCUGCAUGUGGUCGAUGUUGAAGUUUUGGGGAUAUUGUGUACAUGAAUAAUUCAAAAUCUGACCCACCAAGAACACUUGCACCGCAUUACAGAUAGUGCCGCUCAGUUCUGCUUUCCUAAUCUUUGGCUACUUCACAGACUCCACAGGCAGCGCAGUUACAGAAAACCAUAAAGAUUAAAGAGAGGCAUUUUGGUUUGUAUGCAGCUCUGUUUCACACCUUCUGCCCGUACAACACUUCACGAGAGCAAAGAAGAGCAAGAUGCAGCAAUUGCUUUGUGUUUUCUAGGCUCUAUGCUAGCCAGUGUGUUAAUCUGUAUGUCCGCACUGUUUCUGAAAAUCAAAACAAAAAUAUACUAUGUCACAAGGCUUAUGGUUUCUUUUCU